GCAAACCUCACAAAACCCACACAAGUCUCAUCGUGAAUUUCAAUUCAAGAUUGAAAGAAAUGUUCCGUUUCCGUUGAUUAAAUAGGAAUAUCUUGUUUCAUGGCAGCAAAUCAAUGUCUGAAUGCACCAGUGUUUUAUCAGGUCUUGUUCUUUUGGCGAUAAAUGCGGGUUGGCGGCAGUGCUCGCGUCCUUCCUCCUCACUCAGUUUGUUUUCAAAUUCGUGGAGUUGUAACCGCCAGAUGGCGGGCUCGGAGCGUUCUGCUUGUACAGUAGGCCCAAUCUGAGGACCAACAUUCUUUUGAACUCUUUUCUGUCGCUGUCGUGAAUGACACGCUGAGGUUAUUGAAAAAUGAUUCACGGGUACAUUAUUGUGCGCAAGAGGAGUGGCUCAGAUGGCCCCCAGUAUCCGGUAAAGAAGAGCCUGAAGAUUGGUCGUGGGACACACUGCGACAUAAGAAUUCAUGUGCAGUCAGUGUCAGAGCAGCACUGUCUUGUACUUGUGGAACAGGGGAAACGAGCUCAUAUCCAGAACUUGAGUGCCACUUCACAAACAGUGGUGAAUGGAGUCUCCAUUGGGAAAGGGGCUCAUCCGUUGAACCAUGGUGAUUCAGUUUGUGUUGGUGAAAGGUCAUUUCAAUGGCAUUAUGCACCAGGGACACCUUUCUUUGAGGGCCAAAAAGUUUCUCCUCAGAAGCGGAGGAGGUCUGAAACAGAUUCUGGUGUAGGUUCCCAGAAUAUUGCUGUUGUUAACCCUCUGUUUCACAAAAGGCGAACAAUUUCGGUAGCUGAAUCAAGAUCUCCGAAAGUGUUACUGAAGCAUGGUGCUCCUGCAGAUCUCAAAGAGACCCCUCCUAAGUCCACAGAUGACGUCUCAUCAAAAGUCAAAACGCCAAAGUCAUCUGUAAAAACUACUCCUGCUCGAAUGUCUCUGGGUAAAACUCCCAAGUCCAGGCAAUCUGCUGCUAAUACUCCGAAAGCAAAGACUCCUGUUGCUUUUUCUCCUAAAGAGAAGACUCCUCUUAAGGUGAAAACUCCUAAAUCCAGGACCCCAGUCUCCAGCUCUCCUGCAGCUAAAACCCCAAGAUCUGCCAUGAAAACUCCUGCUCUGAAGACCCCUGUUGUUAAUUCUCCUGCUCUAAAGAGCCCUGCACGCAAGACUCCUGGUCGUAAGGCAUCAGUCUCAAAAAUCCCUGUUGUUAGUACUCCUGCUCUGAUGAGCCCUGUGAGCAAGACUCCUGGUCGUAAGGCAUCAGUCUCAAAAACCCCUGUUGUUAGUACUCCUGCUCUGAUGAGCCCUGUGAGCAAGACUCCUGGUCGUAAAGCAUCAGUUUCCAAAACCCCUGUUGCUAAUUCCCCUGCUCUGAAGAGCCCUGGGCGCAAGACUCCUGGUCCCAAAGCAUCAGUCUCAAAAACCCCUAUUAUGUCUCCAAAGGCUAGAACUCCAGGAGCUAAAUCUUCCAGGAAGUCUAAGUCUGUUUCAAAGUCAGCUAAAAGCACAAAGGGCUUGAAAAGAAAAUUAUCUUCUGCCUCUCCUGUAGCUUCAAAACGCCUGAAGAUUGAAUCUCCUAAAUCUAUUGACAAAAAGAAAAUGGCGGUCCUUAUGGGCAUACAUGGCAAAUCUCCAAGGGUGGCUUCUUCAUCUACACUCUCCUCUGUGAAAUUAGUUUUGUCUGCCAAGAAAACUCCAGUAAUUAAAGCAAUUAAAACACCACGGUCCAGCACUGUCAAAAAGAGCACAGCUAAAAGCUCUGUCAAAAAAAAUCUGACUAAGAGCUCAGUAAAACAAGCACGUCGGCCUUUGUUCUCAGAAGUUUUGAAGAGGAAAGCUGUUCAGAGGGCAAACACUGCUGUUAAGAAGUUGACACUUGUUCCUAGAGCCCCUCCGAAAGCAGGAGCCAAAAAAGCUGAAAAGGCUGCUCUUUCCAUGGAAAUCCCAAAGCACUUCAAAUUUGGCUCUACUGGCCAUGCUAACUCGCCGGAAACAAUAUUUAUUAGUAAGAAAGUCACCAAGACACCUGUUGUUACAAAGAAAGGCCGUAAAGAGAACUUGUUGGUUGUACAUCAGAAAGAGGCCCACAAUUUGUCUGGUGUUGGUGCACUGUUUAAAACUCCUGCCAAGGGCAGCGCUCUCGAGAUUCCUACAAAGGGAAGCUCCCCCAAAACUCCUGCCAAGAGAAACUUGCCUAAAACUCCUGCCAAGAGAAGUUCGCUUAAAACACCUGCCACAACAAGCUCCCCCACAACUCCUGCCAAGGGAAGCUCGCCUAAAACUCCUGCCAAGAGAAGCUCGCUUAAAACUCCUGCCACAACAAGCUCCCCCACAACUCCUGCCAAGGGAAGCUCGCCUAAAACUCCUGCCAAGAGAAGCUCGCUUAAAACUCCUGCCAAAAGAAGCUCCCCCAAUACCUCUGGUGCUGCAAGUGGAAACAAAAUUCAAAGGCUUUCAACUAAUCCUAAAGAGUCACCAGCCAACUCUUCAAGAAGGUCGAUAACUAGAGAUAAUGAAGAAAUGCUGUCAAAAAAGACGCCCAUCAAGCCUGCAAGUCCACCUGCAAGUCCCAAGAACAAUUCAAUGUCUCCUGGAAGGUCAGCCACUCGUUCAUCAUCUGGAAAGAGUUCCAGUGGCAGGAGCCCUUCAGCCCCUCAGAGCGCUUUGAAAUCAGCAAAGAAGGCACCAAGGAUGUCAUCCUCCAAAAAGUCACACGAGCUUCUCACAUCAACCCCUGCCGUGUUGGGAAAGAGGCAGUCAUUUGCUGAAUCCGCCUUUGAAUCCCCGUCAGCUUUGUUGACUGGCCACAUUAGCGCACCGCAGAGUCCAGCAUCUGGCAGGAAAUCCAGAAUGGAAAUGGUAAUGCCUAGAACACCCUACAUUCAUUCUCCUCAUGCUUCUCCUUCCAAAUCAUCUCUUAAGAGUUCACCAACCAAGAGUCCUCCAUCAGGACAAAGCAGAAAUCUCUCUGUUUCUUUUAAUGACAACAUCCACAUUCAGGUGCUUCUUCCAGGCUCUCGAAAAAGUCUUAGCUCUACAGCUUCACUUAGCUCCCCAGCUUCUCCUCGUAGUGAAGGUAACAGUGGUGCAGCUACCCCGGAUAUAACCACUUUUGAUUUCAAUAGCAUAAAAACACCCAAUGUCCCUCAUGAAAUGUUCGUUUCAUCUAUUUUGAGCUCCGGCGCAAGUAGCAGUAGUCAGGCUUCAGGCAGUGCUAAGAGGAAAGGUAGACCCCCUAAGACUCCUCAACAUGAUGUGACAAAUCUGCAAGGUGUUCGUCGUCUCUUGAAAACUCCCUCCAGCCCUCCUGGUUAUGUUGAUGUGAAGGGUGUCAAACGACUUAUGACUGCUGAAUGCAAAACUCCAACUUAUCUGGCUGUUGAGGGUGUAAAGAAAUUAUUUGGUGAAGCAUCUGCUGCUGCUGGAAAUGAUUUAUCUAGCUUUGCUGGUGUUCGGGAACUGUUUGCCUCUCCAUCCCCAUCCAGAAGAUUCCCUUCGAAAGGGCCUAGCAAAGCUACACCCAGGAAGACUUCUCCUGUUGCCAAAAUUCAAGCUGAGGUAGAGAGCAAAGGAAUAUCAUCUGUGUCUCCAUCAAAACCAGUUCGGAGAUCUGUAAGUGACACAACAGAGCGAGAAGUUGCUGUUGUUUCUCCCAACAGGUCCAGGAUCACACUAGUGUUGGGUUCCCGCAGAGCAUCUCUGAAGACAGGCAGUGAGCAGCCUUCAUCUUCUCCAACUCUCACACCUGUUGUGUCUGAAGAAAAGAUUGCCCCUAAGAGAGGCAGGGGCAGGAAAGUGCAGCCUACUAAGACUUCAGAACAGUCGGUGAACACAGUUUCUUCUCCCAGAGGCAUCGAACCUCUAUUAGAUUCUCCGCCGAAACGAAGGACUAGGAAAGCUGCCAAAGCAGCUACUCCUCUGCAAAAGUCUCCUGCAGGAGAAUUGCCUAAACCAAGGGGACGUACGAAACGUACUGCUCCAGAAUCUUCCCCUGCUGUUGCAGAACUGCCUCUCAAACCUGUGAGAAAGAAUGCCCGAUCCGCUAAAGCAACAUCACCUGCCAGGAAAGUGAGCACCUCUCCUGUCAAAUCAAUGUCGCCUAACAAAGCAGAUUCCCCAGUCAAGGCUACCUCAAGAAGAACAAGAAAAACUGUAGUUGCUAAAUCACCUUCACCUGUUAAGAUUUCCCCGGCCAAACGUACGCGACGGGGUGUCAAAGCUGCCACUGCAGUUGCAAGUCCAGUAAAAUCCAAAUCUUACAAGAGGAGUCUUUCGCCUUCUAAGGAAAUUGAGUCACCAUUGAAGAAAGCAAAGAAGGAUUCACCGGAGAAAUCCCCUGCCCAGAAAGUGGCUACAAGGAGAACGAGGAAGAAUGCUUCUCCUACCCCACAGGCCUCUCCCAAGCCAAAACCUGCAACUCCUGGGAGGAAGCGGAAAGCAGUUACUUUCGAAGAUGAUGCUACACCUCAGAAGAAAGACAAGCCUGCCAAAGUCAAUGUCAAAGCAGAAUCGCCAGAGGUUGUCAGCCCCAAAGCCACUAGAGCAAAGAAGGCAGUCAACAAAAAAAGCCAGCCUGCAAAGAAAGCAUCUCCUAAGAGGAGAAAGGCUACCAGCAAAGCAGCAUCCCCUGCUGUGUCUCUAUCACCAAGAAAGACUAGAAGUAGAAAGUAGACUUAUAGCUCAUCAAUUCUCCCAUAGACUGUGCAUUUAUAAUGUAAUACAGCUGCGCAGCUGAAUAGGGAGGAGUGGUCAAGAGCAGAAAGUGAAUUGAUUUUAUUCUUCAAACUUUUUUGAGGUUUUAAAAAUAAUCUGGAAACUUGCUUUAUGUAAUGCGUACGUGUGUAAACCUUUCAGUUACUCUUAUUUUUACUUGCAUUUUGACUCUGAUUUUUUUUUCUUCUAUUUUCAUCAAUUUUUGUGACACAUUCUUUUUUCCAUUAUGCUUUAAGUAAACCAUGAUUUUAUGUUGUGACUAUUAUUCUACUCUGAUCUAGAUAGGCUCAUACAAAUUGCUUGAGAAAGUUUUGAUUGACGGCACAGUAAUUAAUUCCUUGAAUGCACUACUUCAUGAAUUGUGGGAGAGCAACAGUUACGCUCAACAUUAACAUGUGAGUUUGAUUUUGUAGAAUGAAAUCACUUUGUGUUCACCUCUCCAUUUUAUUUUUGUAUUAAACUACCAACAUUUACUUCUUUAUUUGUUAUGAAGUUAGAUGUUGAAAACUGUGCAAGUACAAAUUUAUUUAUUAGAUAAAAAUAUUGUAACCAUCUUCAAAGCUGGUAUAAUAUAUAUUGUUUGUUGAGCCUCAAUUGGCUGUCCUUUAUUGGUUUAGAUGUAGUUUCCUGAGUCAAUAAUUAUGGUCUGUUCCCUAAUUAUCUAAUGAGCUUUUCUGUACAUUAACUUAUCCUAGGAGCACAAUUUAUGUACUGUAACUCCAAUUGCAAUAUUCUGUAUAUAUUGUUCUAUUCAAAAUGUAAUAUUUAAGUUGUGAAGAAAGUGCAAGUGCUAACAUUUGCACACCAUCACACAUGAUUUUGGUUGUAAUGAAUUUGUUCAAUACUUGUGUGUGCUAAGGAAAUCCUUCAAAUCUCAAGCCAAAUAUUUGUACCUUGAAAUACCUUAACUAACUUCCUAUUUUGUGCCCUCCCACUUGUUUCAUGGUAUGCGACCCAAAAGCAGUCUACUCUGUUUGUUUCUGUAACAUCAGAGAUGUGUUUGGAGUUGUAAAAAUGGGUUCUGGUUUAGAUCUCAGCUUUUGUUAGAUUUUCAAUAGUGUAGGUUUAUGGUUCUUUAGUUAUUUUUAGAACUGAAUAAAGAUGUCUAUGUA